UCGACAGCAGCGCAACUUCUCCUCAUUUCCCCACUUUGGCCCAGAGGAGCGUCCGCAGACCGACAGCACUGCCAGCAGUCAGUGUAGCUGGCGUCCGAGCAGACCGAGCCGCCCCGGCGGGAACAAACAAAUCCAGAUUCCAGUUUGUUUCCUGAAGAGCUUUUUCACGGAAAUGCUUCACCUGAAGUUUCCCCUCGGACGGUAAAAGUUUGGAGUUGGAAAGGAAGGGAGACGAUUCAAAUGGAGAGAGGGUGAAUCAGCACAUCUGGAUCAGUAAAGUUUCACAAGGACAUAGCUCCAGUGUGAGGUGGUAUGUCAAACCGUGACUCGCUGGGGUUCGGGGACCUGCUUCCCCAGGAUGUGGUCCAGAUUUUUGCCCAGGAGAAGCACAGCAAAAGGGGCCGCAAGAAGCGCAGGCACUCCAUUGGCCGCGCUCUGCGCUGGUUGAAGGGCAAGAAGAGGAAGAAUCUUGGCGCUAAUGGGCAAAAUCUGGGUCUUGGUCCUGCGUUCGACUUGGCCAUAGAUGGGCACCCUGCGGGGCACCAGGGUGGACACAAGGGAGGGCAGAAGUCAGGACGACAGACGCAUCCACACGGGAACAGUCAUGCUCUCCCAAAGCGAGGUGAUGACAAGACCCCGGCACCCCCGCUGCUCCAGGAGAAUGUGUUCAUUGAGGCCAGCAGGCCCAAGUACCUGGAGGACCUUCACUCAGAGGCCCUGGAGGCAUUGAAAAUGAUGCAGCAGGAAGAAACCAAUAAUGGAGUGGAGUACCAGGAUAAUGAAAGCACCAUUUCAACAAUGACGAUCCAAACAGACGGAGAAGGUGGAGGUUUUAUGACAGACAGCACCAUUCCUGACACAUCCUCUGUCGUCUCUGUACAAUCAUCCGUGUCCACUAGAUCGUCCCGCUCUGGACUCACCAGGCAAGGAUCAACAUUCAGGCCCUUGAACUCUGGGAAAAAGUCAGAAAAGACGAAAAGGAGAAGACACAGGAAGACUGUCGUGGGUAUCCCACAGCAUGUUCAGAGAGAGCUGGGGUUGGACAGAGUGGGUUGGACAGUGACUCAGAAGUUAGAUGAGGAACAUUAUAAUGGUGAGACUGACGACAGCCCCACCACUGAUGGCCCACAGCAGGCAGCAAAAAGGGGAGCUAAUGCCAACCUUCAGGGCAUGAAGGUGAUCCACCCCCUCAACAAAGACCAAGUCGAGCAGCUCGGUGCUACCCAUGCUGGUCAUAGGGACGACCUGGCCUUGUUACACCGCCUGGGUCCUGACUUGUCAGGUGAACAGAGGCCCCGGUCCCUGGCCGUUCCCUGGAUGACCACUGCCAACAGCCUCCAGCAGGAGCCGCCCAGUCCUGUCAUGUCCAUGUCACCCCAGGCUGCUUACAUGUCCAAAAUAAUUCCCAAUGCUGUGUUGCCACCGUCCAUCGAGGUGGUAGAAAUCAGCCGAGGACGGAGUCGCAGCAGCCUCCGCACUGUCAGCAAGAGCAGCCUGCUGCUCUCCAGCCCAGCCCCCUCCCGUGCUUCCUCUAGAGCCUCUUCAUCCAGAACCACCUCCUCCAGAGCCUCCACCAUUACCUCCGCCUCCCGCCGCAACUUCCCCAAUCUGUCCGACAGCUCUUGUUGGAGCAACUCUGAGUCAUCAGAGACCUUAGUGUCUGACUCCUCAACCAUCUCCAGCAGCAGCACCCCCAGGCAGCAGAGGUCACAGAACGGAGAUGACAAAGUCAGUGUUCACUCCUCCAUCAGCAAGGCUUCCAAAUGCACCUCCAAUGGCAAGCUCAUAGGUAAAGGCGAUGCAGUUAAGAAAGAUGGGCAGUUUGCACGUAGCCUCUCUGUCAUGAAGCCCAAGAGGGCUCCUCCUCCUCCAAGCCGCUCCUAUUCCCUCCACAAUAAGAAUAAGCGACGAUCACGUGAUCUCGCAGAAGUUAGGAACAUUUCAGGGGAAUCUUCUCUCCAUAGAAUCACCAGCUCAAGGGAGGAGAAUGAGAAAAACAAGUCGAGAUCUUCCCCUAUGUCCUCCAGAGUCAUAGACAGCCCCGGCUACAACGCUGACACCAGUUCUCUGGACGACUCAACAGGCUCCGUGUCAUUCAGUCCCACGAAAUCCCAGGCGCUAAAGGCAGGGGAAGCUGCAAAGGUUGAGGAAAAAGGUUCCAGAGAUACCCCACAGGAGAAGCAGGAACCACUUCAGGAGAAUAAGCUAAGCAAAAUAAUCUCCCCGUCCAGUGGCUACUCCAGCCAAGAUGCCACGUCACCACAAAUUUCUAAACCGCAUCACAGCUCAUCUCCAAGUCACAAGAGAGGCAUCUUAGCAAAGCUUCAGAGGUUAUUUCCUGGGUCCACUUCUGCUGGUUCAGCUCCAUCCUCUCUCACACAGCCGGAGGCUCCUGAAAACACUAAAUCCACUGGGGACCCUAAAUCUGACUCAGUCGACACAGUCAGCACCCCUGUAAGGACCUUGAGAGACCUCUUCAACAUCCCUCCGCACCCUAAAGUCCACGCACCUCCGCCCCCUCCUCCAGAGGUAUGGGCUCACAGCAAGCGUACCUUUGAGUUGCUGCUGGGACCCCCGGCACCUGAAAAUGUUUACGCCAUCAUAAAGAAGAAUCCAAAGGACAGGAGACAGCAGAGGCAAUCCCCCUCUGCAUCUACAGAGGGCUCUGUGAAGAGCUUGGCGGUAGAAAGAAAACACAAGAAUCCAGCUGUAACAGUGGAUGUGCUGGAGAGACAGAAAGUUCAAGAUAGUGUGAUUUUGAAUGCAGAGAUUCAUAAAGAGAAUGACGAAAGACUGGCUCAGAAUGUAGAUUCGAAAGGAAAAAGCACAGUGGCAGAAAAAGAUGAGAAAGUAAGAGUAAGUGACAUAUUAAAUGGGAUGUUAGUGAAGGCCGUAGAGAAGCGUGAAGAAAGGCUGGCAGCAAUGAGAGGAGAAGAAGACGCCAAGAAGACAUCCGUACAAGCUACAGAGAUAGAGACCCACAUCGGUACCCUACCUGCCAUUUCAUUAGUACAAAUUUCUCCAUCCCCAUCUCCUCCUGUGUCGCACCAUCCUCCUCAACCCCUCGCCAAACAGACCACAGAAGUCGCUUCUGUUACAUCAGUACGAGCCGUUGUAUCCCCAGAGUCGUCCUGGCCCCCACCACCUCCACCAAUGGCACAGGCGGGUGUCGGUGGGCCUGAUGAGAUAGAUUUUCCCCUUCCUCCUCCCCCAUUGUUUGGUGAGGUAGGGUUAGUCAUACCUGUUGAGGUGCCACCAGAGAGGCCUGUUCCUAGUGGUGACUCCUCUUCUACAUCUGUUGUAUCAGUGGUGACAACAGUGACCACAGAGGCUGAACCACAGAAGUCCAGUUCAUCCCAGGGGACUGCACCUCCACCACUGAGUAUCCCUCCUCCCCCACCCUAUACAGCUCCCCCUCCACCACUUAAAGAAGUCUCCCCUCCAGUCUCCCCUACAAUUAAAAAGGUCUCUCUGCCACCAAAAGAGGCCUUUCUUCCACCACCUAAAGAGUUCUCUCCUCCACCUAAAGAGGUUUCUCCUGUGAGGCUCAAACAGUCCUCUCCUCCUCUGUUUCAAGAAGUCCCCCCUACCCUUGAUAAAGAUGUCUCCCCUCCACUGGUUAUCAAGGUCUCCCCUCUGCCUCCUGAAGAGAUCCCCGCUCCAUCUGCUGAAGUGGUUGCUCUAUCGUCUUCUAAAGAAGACGCCUCUCAAUCUUCUGAAGGAGCGACACUUGUUAGCAAGCUCAAUCCACCACAAAGUAUUCCACCUCCACCACCGCUCCCAUCACAACCCCAGUUGUCAGAGCAGGAUGUUGAUGUUCCUCAAGAGAAUGUCCUCUCAGCUGAAACUAACCCAGUUUCAUCAAGCAGUAUUCUCACUCCCCCUCAGAGUAUUCCACCUCCACCUCUCAUAGACCUUCUGCACCAACCUCAAGUUGUACCCUCGAACACUGAUGGUCCAGCAACCAACGAGGCCCCACUUUCGCCACCAUCUGAAAUCUCAAUCCCACCAGCUCCUGAAACCUCUCCUACACCAGAAAAGGUUCAAGAACCUGCUCCUUCUCCAUCUGUAAACAUCCCUUUACCUCCACCUCUACCUGUGCAGGGUCUUACCAGCGUUAAUCACCAGCCUAGUCAAGCGAGCACAGAAAACCAAAGCCAAGAGCCAACCCCUGCCAGCGUUGUACAGGAGGAACCCACUCCCAUUGUCACCCCCUCCCUCCUGCAGAUGGUCAAGUUGCGGUCCGUCAACAGCAGUCCUGAGCCCCCUAAAGCUCAAGAGCAACCACAGGCUGAGGUCACAAUGAGGAAACAGCAGCCCAGCAAUCAGGUCCCAACUUCAUCCGCUAGUGGAGAAGCUCCUCAAAAGCCCAUCAGAAGGUCUCUGAUAAUGACCUCUCCCCCACCCACUUCUCCAUCUGUCAUUGUCACUUCACAAACGGCUCUGCCCAAGUCCCAAUCUCUUGUGGCUCCAUCUGCAUCUUCAUCCACAGUCACCUCCCCUAUGAAAAAGUCUCCUCCUGCCAUGACUGUCUCUCCUUCCAUGAACCUACAGGAGGCCAUCCGCCUGAGGACAGCAGCCAGAUCAAAAGAGAGCCCUGUAUCUCGCCUCAGCCUGCACUCACCUACAUCACCGAUAGACCUCCGUAAGUCCCCCUCUAGCACAGCAAGCUUUAUCUUCUCCAAGAACAACAAGAAGGUGAUGAUUGAGAAGAAGCCGGCACCGGAGGCCAAGGCAAAUGUACAGAAUAACCUGGAGGUUUCCUCUGUAACAAAAGUGGUGAGUGAAGCAGAGUCGGUGAAGAAGGGAGGCAAGGUGCCACCACCGGUAGCAAAGAAACCCAUAUCGAAGGCCAAAGAGAAUGAGACCAGUGAAGAAACGGAGCAAACUGCAGGACAGCAAGCCCAGGAAGAGAGUAUCCAAGAUGCUGCAGAGAAAACAAAUGGGACAGCAGGUACUGUUGAAGGAGGAGAGACAUCAUCAACAUGAUUAAGACUGAAGGAGACUGGGAAGGACUUCACACGUAACACUGAAUUCACUGCAAGUUGGUCUUUGUGUGAGAGAGACAAGAAACUGAAUUUGGACAGAUGACAUGCUUAUUUCAAAAACUACAUUUUGAAACAUUCUGGAUUUUAUAGAAAAUCCUUCGAAUGUCAUGUUAAUGGUGUGGGUCUUAAAGUACACAUUUUGCUUUUUACUAAGAAUAAAUAGUUUAUCUUCCUUUGCCAGAGGGCACUCUUGAGUUUUACUGUUGCAGGAGAUGGGAAUAUACUGCCCUCUAGUGUCGAACAAUGAUUGUACCACUUAUGUCCUGCUGAUUCAGAGCUUGUAGUCAGUACUCAUAACAAUGGGACUUUUGGGCUCUCAUCUGUAAAUAUAGCAACAUUUUGUACAUUUACCAUAUCCAGUAAUGAUGGAUCUGUGCUUUAAAGUUCUGUCCCCAAAGAGUUUCCACACCAAUAAUAUUUGUUAAAAAAUUAUUAAUUAUCUUAAGUUAUUUUUCCUGUCAUGUUCAGAGGAGGGUCUCCACAGACAGAAUGUCAUCUUUGCAAUGUCGCAUUAAACCCCACUAUCAUCAUCAUAUCAAUCAAGUUUGCUUGUAUAGUUCGUAAUCAUAAUCAAACAUAUGUUUUUCUCAAAAAAAUCCCACACCAUUUAUGAUUUAAAGCUAUCCAUGUGCAUGACCACUGAUUUCACAAAGAGACAGAGCAGACAUCAUAAAUACUGAAAUCAUUGUUUUGGAGCACAUUUUCUGCUGCUUUUAGUUACUGAUCAUGGAGUUAUUGUGGCUCAAACAGUGGGAUAUUUCUGUGUUGAACUAUAAUAUAUUUGAAACUGGUUUCAGACAUUGUAAUGUAGUACAUGAUCAUUUAUAAUGGAAAGAAUAAAGAUUUA